UGCACCCUCCAACCACGUAGCCUGACCUGCUGACUGAGUCAUAAGUGUAGUCUGCAGACAAGUCUUGAAAAUACUCUAGUUUUCAAGAUGGGAAAGACGAUUAUUGCUGAAAAUGAAAUCGAGGAAUCUGUUUUGAAGUUCAUUGAUAAGAAGAGCUUCCAGUUUGGCCUGAUUGUUGGGAAGUGUUCAUCACAGAAGGAUGCUGCUCUACACCUGAUACCUACACCAUGUGAAGAAGGAGACGAUGGAGCAGCGAAAACCAGCCUUCUCUGGAUGGCUUGUGUGAUCAGUGGGUGGCUGAGCAUGCCAGACAGGUGACAUGCAUGCUACCUGGUGGUAUUGGAGUCAUAGGCGUGUUCUACGUCUGCGCCCCUAACCAGGCGACGCCCGCAGCCACCAAAGCACGGCAAGCUCUCUUUGCAAUCCACAAACUUCUAACCAAGAGACUUUUACUUGGCUUGGAUUCUAGACAGGACAGCUUGGACUGGAGUCUGCUUCAGAUCUGCAGUACAACCAGAAAAACUACAUGUAAAACGAUCAAUGUCCUGGACCAUAAGUGUACAUCAAGGCCAGCAGAUCUUAAGUACCAGACCAACCCUCAUAAGUGGUCUACCAUCAAGAGUACCCUUCGACUGGACAUCGGAGUUCAUCUCCCAGCAACGGUGGCAGACUGUAGCCAGUAUAGUAAACAACUCACAGCUCGACUAUCCCCAAUCACCAGAAUGAUUGAGGAUGCAGUAGCUUUGGUGGAUGGGCAAAUCAGAGCCGGAUCAGAGCCGCUUGAAAACACAGCAUCUAAGAAGAAGUCUGGUAAGAAGGGCAGUGGAGGCUCAAGCGAAGGUGGAAUACACACAGUGGAGCUCCUAACAGAUAAGAACGACUUAAGCAGUAAAUCCAAAGACGUGGAGAGGGGAACAGUUCAAGCACAAGUAUACAUCACAGGAACCAUGUCUGCAAGAGCAUUUGUGGAUCCAAAGGCAACUAUAGAUGAAGCUGUGCAGGCUAUCAAAGAGGACCUCCUGCGUACAGUCCAUGCUAGGUUUGACCUCUUAGCCAGUGACCUUAGACAGAGCAGCGGAGACGAGGAGCUCAAAGAAACACAGAUUGCUCCACCAGCAGUCAUAGCUACACCCAGACGCAUCUAUGCUAGACUCCGCACCAGCCCCAUCCUGGUGUCUGACUAUGCCUUUGCAGAGGAGGAGACUGGGGAGAUAGCAGAGAGAAUGUCAGAACUCCUGGACGUGGAGGUUAGCGAGGAGGAUCUGGAUCUGGACACUGAGGCAUUACCAGAUGAGAGUUUACUGAACCCCAUGGACGAUCUAGACGAAGAAGGGGAGGAUGUCAGAGAGCUGAAUGUAUCCACACGGUCUGGCAAGUCAUUACCAUAUAUGGGUGCUGCAGCUGUAGGUGUGCUAGGAGCCGUUGUAGCUGGAGCCAUGUCAUACCUUGCCAUCACCCAAGAUUAAUACCCCCCCCCUUUGUUUCCAUCUCCCUCUCCCCAUCCCUCCCCUCUCCCCAUCCCUCCCCCC